CCAGUAACAGUUCUGUCUGGAUUCCUGGGAGCCGGAAAGACAACUUUGCUGCAGAAGAUGCUGAGCGGCAAGGGAGGAUUGAAGGUCGGAGUUGUCGUGAAUGAUCUUGCAGCGAUCAACAUUGACUCUAAGCUGGUGAAGACUGAUGGAAUCAGACAAAAGGUUCAACAGGAUGGAAGCGGAGUUGACACAGACGUUAUCGAGAUGCAGAAUGGAUGUGCAUGUUGCUCUGCUUCGGAUGACCUUAUCGAAUCUCUCGGCAAACUUCUUCUGGUUGCAGCUGAGAGAGGCGAGAAGUUCGAUCGCCUUGUCAUCGAGGGCAGUGGUGUGACUGAGCCGAAGAACAUUCGCAAACAAUUCUUUGAGUUGGAACUCGUUGAGCACCCUAUCACCCAGUACUGCAAGUUGCAAAACAUGAUCACUGUCGUUGACUCUGGAAACUUUUUGCCAAUUUACAAUUCUGCGGAUCCUUUGCUGCUCAAGUCAGAGCUUGUUGAGGAAUCUGCCUUGGAAAUGCAAGCCAUGCGCAAGGUUGCUUCGCUCUUGACAGAGCAAGUUGAGGUUGCAGAUUACAUUCUGCUUAACAAGCAGGACACCGUUACGCCAGAGAAGAACGAAGAGCUCAAGGCUGUUGUGAAUGCUUUGAAUCCCACUGCUACUGUAUUGCCUUGCUCCUACGGUGACGUUGAUGUCGGAGUCGUUUUCGGAUCGAAGAAGAAGCAAUGGGCGGCUGAGGGAGAUGAAGAAAUGGAUUUCAAGAGGACUGUCGCGCAGAUUCAGAGUGAAAUGAGUGCAGCUUGCUCUGAUCCCGACUGCAAGGACCCUACCCACAAGCACAGCGUUGACCCUACCCACAAGCACAGCGUUGUGGCCAAGGAGGAGUGCAAGGACGCCGACUGCAAGGACCCUACCCACAAGCACAGCGUUGUGGCCAAGGAGGAGUGCUCAGAUCCAAAUUGCAAUGAUCCUACCCAUUCCCACAGCAAAGUUGUCGAAUCUCCGCAGUCCAAGUUUGGAAUCACUUCUUUCGUCUACUCCAGGCGUCGCCCUUUCGAUACCGAGAGGGUCAAGGCGGCCAUCAUGAAGUUACCUAUUGUUGGAAAUCCCGCAAUCGAUAACGAAGAGCAGGAUCACGAGAAUAAGAAGUCUCCCAUGUUCCGGGUCCUUCGAAGCAAGGGAUUUAUGUGGGUUUCCACCAAGCAUGAUGAGCCACUUUUCUGGUCCCAAGCUGGUCGAUUUUUCGAACUCAAGGACUUCGGCAAAUUCUGGGCCUCCACAGAUCUUCGAUGGUGGCCUGAUGAUGAGAUUUCUUUGCGAGACAUCGCACGUGAUUUUGGUGGGCCUGAGAACAAGUGGGGAGAUCGUCGACAAGAGAUUGUCUUCAUCGGACCAGAAAUCGACAGGGCUGGAAUUGAAACCAUUCUUGAUGAGUGCUUG